CUCAUUCAUGACUUUCAACAUGACAACCCAAAACAAACUCAAGAGCACGCUCGACCACUUUCGAGAUUCAUUGGCAGACGUAUUGCCCAUAUUUCUAUUCCGCAUCACGGCGCCGAAGGCAUAUCGGAAACAACAGGCUGCAGCCAUCCAUAAUGCCACCGAGGCCCGGGCCCAUCAACUACCCACCGAGAUUCUGCUCUUGAUAGGCGAUCAUCUUGCUCCAGCUUCCACCAUUCUAGUCCGACAAACGUGUCAGAGGAUGCGAUAUACGAUUUCGCUGAGUUCGGGCUUCUUUCCGCUCAACAAAUUCGACUAGGAAAACUCGUUCAUCGAAAAAGAUCAUUACUCUGGGCGAUUUAUUUGGUGCAGCGCAUGUAGCACCCGACACUUACCAACCCUUUUCUCUGCCCAGCAGAAGGCUUUAAGUCGUCUUGUGCAUCGUUGCAUCGGGA